AUGGGCGACGUAAGCAUCGUGUCCCGGCGCAUGAUCCGGCCGGAGCCGGAACCAACCACCUCGCCGCCGGAGACCAUCCACCUCACGCCAUGGGACCUGCGGAUGAUCACCGUGGAUCACAUCCAGAAGGGACUUCUUCUGCCCAAGCCUGCCACCGCCGUCGUCGAACACCUUGCGUCAUCUUUCGGGCGUGCUCUGGGACGCUUCUACCCCUUCGCCGGCCGCCUCGUUGCCACGCCGGGCCGCAGCGACGGCGACGGAGGGCCACCUAAGAGCCUCGUCGUUUCGCUGCGCUGCAGCGGCGAGGGCGCCGAGUUCGUCCACGCCGUGGCACCCGGCGUCACCGUGGCGGACGCCACCGACGCGCUCUGCGUUCCGCGGGUUGUCUGGUCCUUCUUCCCGCUCGACGGGAUGCUCGGCGUGGACACCAUAGCCGACUCCCGCCCGGUCAUGGCCGCUCAGGUCACCGAGCUCGCCGACGGCGUAUUCGUCGCCCUGUCGCUAAACCACGGAGUUGCCGACGGGACAGCCUUCUGGCGCUUCUUCAAUACCUGGUCCGAGAUCAGCCGCCGCAGCGUCGACGGCGACGGUGGCUUCGAGGUCUCCUCGCCUUUGCCGGCGCACCGGAGGUGGUCCAUGUCCAGUUUGUUUUAGACGAAUCAAUAUCAAGACCAGCAAGGGAAUCGCAGAUUCCAUGCGACUAGACUAGUGUGAUAGUGUUAAAGCAAUGAAAGAGAAGUGAUUCUUGGGGGCACACCUCAAAUUGCAUCGUCUGGAAAAUUGUAAAUUAGAAGGGGGAUCAGGGAAGACGAAGGAGGAGGAUCCAGGGAAGACGAAGGAGGAGGAUGGAUGAUUACCUGCUGCAGGUCGCUUGCCAUCACGAAUCGUCGUUCGGCUGCCGGCCAUGGCUCUACUUCUCCUGGCCAGCCGACCGCGCGAUCUGGCCGGCGUUCCACGCCCUCUCCUCUCCUCUCCGAGCAAGAGUCAAAGUCUAAGUCAUGGUCGCUUGCCAUCAUUUGCGAUCUAUUUUUCCUAUUGUG